CAAUCUAAAACUGACUGUAAUCUCUCACACAAAAGAGGCUGGAAAAAGGAAAACCCCAAUACUAUUGUAUAUACCAUCAGAAGCUUUAGAUUGGUUUGUUAUCAUAUACAAAGAAAACCCACCACCACCAAAUCCCCCCAACAGGCCAAUCCAUGGAACAAAAAGAGAAGAAGAACAAGAACAAGAAACAAAAGCAUCAACACCCAAAUGACCAAACCACCAAAGCAUCCUCAGAUUUCUCUUUCAAGCCCAGCUCCGACGUAAAGGGUCUCCGGUUCGGCGGCCAAUUCAUCGUAAAGUCGUUCACGAUCCGCCGCGCUAGGCCUCUUGAACUUCUCCGGCUGCUUUCCUUCCCAACACCAACUAAUACCAAACACAGUAACAACAACAACAACAACAACAACAAACUCCCUUUUCCUUCAACCACAGCUUUCUUGCCCACAAACUUCACAAUCUUGGCGCACCAUGCCUGGCAUACCCUCACACUAGGCCUUGGCACGAAGAAAUCCAAAGUACUUCUAUUCGUUUUCGAAACGGAGACGAUGAAGGCGGCUGUAGACCGCGUUUGGCCGCCGGAGAUACCGCUCGGAGAAGUGAACAAGCGGCUCAUCAGGGGCUUGAAUAGGUGCGAGAUGGCUAGGUUUAAGUUCAGAAAAGGUUGCAUAACCUUUUAUGUGUACGCGGUUCGACAAGUCGGCAGCUUGGGUUUCUCAUGCGCAGAUGAUCUAAGGACGAUAUUGCAGUCUGUGGUUGAGCUCAAGGACUUCCUGGAUCACACUGCCAUGCUUGCCACGCCCAACCAAAGAAGCAUUAGCUAUGCGCCUCCUGUGGCCAUGGCUCACUAGUACUGUGGCACGUGUUACUGGAGCUAUUCUGAUCAGUUCUAAGUUCUGAGUUCUGAUGAGUGCUGAAGGGGAGGUAAGUGGCCAAGAUUAAAGCGUGACUAUAGAGAGAAUAUUAUUUUUCUUGAAUAACGGUACGGUCAUGUAAAAAUAAUUAUUUCCAUUACCUUUUAAAAAAUUAAUAAUAAUUCGCUAGCCAUAUCUCCUCUUUAAGUUUUACUA